CUCCUUCUUUAGAGGAUCUCACCUUCCACAAUGUCAACAUUUGUGCGCGUGGAGCCAGUUGCAGAGAGGAGCUAUGGCGCAGUAGGCCGCUGCAAGUGCUCCUUCUGGUUCGCAGUGGCCCACGACAUACUCGGUGUCCUCAUCAUGAUGGUGGGGGUGUUUGGAGGGCUGGUGGUCCACGACCUGUUUAUCUACGUUGGUGCCAUCAUCAUCUUCCUCAGCCUGAUCUGGUGGGUCUUCUGGUACUCUGGAAACAUCGACGUGCCGCCUGAGGAGCUGGAGGACGACGUUGGUCUGAUCAAGCCUAAGAAUCGUGGCCUUGGACGGGUCAUGAGGCGUGUUUCUGAACGCCUCUCCACCGGGAUCAGGAACUCUUUCAGGAGGAAGAGCCGGUCAGUUGGCGAGGGGACCUCAGGAGGACACAGACCUUCUAACGCCGCUACAGAGGUUUCCAUGAGGACCACUGCCUCCUCGUCUAAAGUUUAUGUCAGAGAAGCUCUGUCCGUAUGAACACGACUCUUCCUCUUGCUGAUUUUUCCCCUGUUUGAAGGACCUCUGUGCUUGUUCUGAAUCUGUAAUCAUUAGUCAACAGUCAAGUCACAUCUGGAUCAGAGCCACAUGCUCUCACGUUGCUGAUAAGAUCUAAACUUUGCACACAUUCGCAGGAUUUUACUGACACUUUAUGGUGCUUUCUCUCCAGUGUUAUCACCCAUCAGUUGAUGUUUAUUUGCAGGUUUUAAAGAAGACACUUCAUGCUUUUAUUUUUAGGUCUCAGAAUGGACAAUGAGCCUGAAAGCUGCUUCCUAAGGACGUGAAAGAGACAAAUAAAUGAUAUCUCCGCCUUCCGUAAAGGCAAAGGACAAAGCUACUCUCAUCCAACAUGCUGACAGUCUGGAAGAGCAUCACAAACAACUCCUUAUGCUGAGUGUUACUGGGAAUGUCUGAGUCAAGAUUUAACAAAUCAGACGUUUUCAGCUCGAAGAUGCACUCUGAGCGUGUUACCGUGUGUAAAAUCUCCGAUUUGUUCAUUGUUUCUACCUCAAACAGAGAUGCUAUUUAAAGUAAAAGCUCAGUCACAAAACCA